AUGUUACCCAAAUGGUUGAUCACCUCGCUCAUCCUAGCGUCGGCAGGAGGAGAGUUGGUGCAAGCCAGGAGCGUCGGACAAGUUUCUGCAGGGGAGGGGAAACAACGUGAUCUGUUUGAUCAGUUGCUACACAAUUUGGCAGGGAAGUAUUUCCCAGGUGGUGGUGAUGGCACGGGUAAAUUGCAGUGGACCGUUCAUCCGCUGCCGAGGAAGAGGCAGCUCAACUUGAGCCCGAGCAUCUUUGGAGGUGGUAGCGGUGAGGACAGCAGUGGUGAUGCGACGAGUGUGGGCGGUGGUGGCGGCGGAGGGGGGAAUGCGAUGCCAGCUUCGAUCCUAGCGGCAGCGUCCGCGGCGGCGAACACUGCUUCACCAAGUGCGAGUGCCAGUGCUAGCGCUACAGGCAACACGGAUCGUUCGUCUGCUACAGCAAGCAACACUCCUGCUUCAUCCGCUUCCUCUAAUCCGCCAGCUUCUACGUCUGCAGCUCCAACCUCGUCAGCUGUCCCGCUAUCCAAGAUCAUCACCAGCAAUUCCGCCUCCUCGACCUCUUCUCCCAGCACCACCUCUUCCUCCUCAUCCACCUCCACCGCUUCACCCACCUCAACCUCGUCACCCUCCAGCUCCGACCAAGCACUCCUCUCCCCGAAGAACAAGUUCUUCCCACUCGUCGUCACCGGACUCGCCGCCGCCGGUCUGGUCGCUCUCAUGAUGCUCAUCGCCAUCGCCCGCUGUCUCGCCCACGACCAGCUGCGAAGGGACAACCUCAAGAAAUCCUACGGCUUCGACGACUCCUCCCCCAAAGAUCGCUUCACAUCCGCACCGAUCGGAGCGGCUCGAUCGAUCCGUCGAGCGCUCACCAAGAAGAAGCAGCUCGGAAGCUUCGCCCGGCGAACCCAGGAUGGCUCGGUGCUGAUCGAGGUCGGGGACGAAGUGUUUGCGGUACCGCCGCAUCUGGCGGAUAGCUAUCGCGAGAGGAUUUUGAGGGAGAAGAGGUCGAGGAGCGAUUUGUCGAGCGAAUCGAAUGGGUUUGGGGUCAAGGCAAAGUAUCUUAGCGACGGGGGACCGGAUGGCGAUGAGGAGCAGGCGAGGAUGAAGUACGACGCAAUGUUGGACGGGGAGGGAGGAGGUGUGAGGAGGAGUUUGAGUCAGAGGUUGGGCGAUAGGUUGCGAUCGCUUACGGGUGGUGCAGCCGAACCGGUGGAGGAGAAGGCUGCCUUCUCGUUUGCUUUGCAGAACCAGCCGCGAGGGGCGAUGCGACAGAGCGAUCUCACCGCUCGUCAAGGUGCACUCACCCAAGGUGCACCAGGUUGGUCCAUCUCACAACGUCAGAGUUCAGCGGGCUACACCGCUCCAAAGCAACCAAAGGAAGAGUUCGGAACGGCAAAGAUCAUGCCUCGAAGCAGUCCUCCCCGACCGCCUGCCCUGACCCCGGCUGCCACCGCUCCAUCCCACCCUCUACCUGCUCCCACCACUCAACGCACCAAAGCACGCAAACCACCCCCCAAGCUAGAGCUCUCGCUGCUGACCUCCAAGUUGGCCGAACUCGAACGUCUACCCGCCAGCUCCUCGCUCACGCACUCAUCCCGCGCCUCGGCCAACGGAACCUUCGGCGCACCCACCCUCUCCACCACCUCCUCUUCCGACCACACCUCGAUCCCCGGUGCCUUCCCUGAACGCACCAAAUCCCUCUACCGCUCCAACACCAAACCCUCCGACACCGUCGGAACCUACCGUCACCGACCCUCCUCCGCCGUCCGCUCCAAAACCCACCACAAUCGCGAUAGCACAGCCCUAGGCUCACCCACCCGCUUCACCCACGAAACCCACCGCAUCCCCGUCAACCCGGAGAAACCUCAACCCGCCAAAACUUCCGACAAAAGACCCCUCCCCAUUCCCCCACCUUUCUCCCUCCCCAAGUGA